GAUGUCGCGAGAGAAAAAGAAACGUUUUGAACUUACUCGAUUUAUUGCUGAGGCGGGUCUGAAGCUCAAACUGCCUUGUGUGGCCAUUGCAACUGCUACUACUCUGUAUCAUCGCUUUGGUUCGUCGUCUAGUGACGCUGAUGAAUACGAUCAACAUCUGGUGUCUGCAGCUUGUCUCUAUCUGGCCUCAAAAAUCGACGAGUCUCCAGUCAAAGUCCGGGAUGUCGUCAACGUUUGUUACAGAUGUCUUCACAAAAAUGAACCAUCACUCGAAGUCGGCAGCUUAUUCUGGAAGCUAAGAGACAGUGUAGUCACGUGUGAAUUUGUCAUUCUAAGAACGCUGGCCUUUCAGGUCUCUGUAGACCACCCACACACAUAUCUGUUGCAUUACCUGAAAGUGAUGUCUGACUGGAUUUCACCUGACGUGUGGAAGUCUGUACCCCUCACGUCACUCUGCUGGUCUCUUCUCAAUGACAGUUGCCACACUGAUCUUUGUCUGCACUUCUCUGGCGAGCAAGUGGCCGUGGCGUUACUCUAUAUGGCUCUGCAAUCAUUCCAGAUAGAUGUGCCCAGUCAAUCAACCAAUAAGAAAUGGUGGAAGGUGUUGUGCAGUUCGUGUGACAUGAAGUCCAUUGAAGUUGUAUGUACUGAAAUGUUAGAUCUCUACAAUCUUGACACUGCUUUAGAGAGAGCAACAACUUCCAGAACUAGAAGUGCGUAGCACAUGUUUACAAUUU